UUAAGGUAGAAAACAAGACACUUGCGUUCUAACUAAACAAAUGAAUAUCGUUUUUAUAAGGAUCAAUGGCGUUCUACAACAUUUCCGUGAAUGAUAAACGUACUGAUAAUACAGAAAGGAAGAAAAGAUAGUUGGAAGCAUUAUGAAAAUAACACUACUAAUACUUCAUGUCUUUAUCCUAUGAUAGAUUACAAGUUGUUAACAUUACAAAAAAUGGAUUCACACUAUGCGAACGCUCCCCAUUUGUAAACAUUAGGUAACUCAUGUUAUCUCGGCCACAGUGUUACAUAUCCCCCUCGAAAUGUUCAGAGUUUGCCGAAUAGCUGGAGUUUUGUGCAGAGACCUAAAGACAAAUAAGAUAUGUGAUUUCCUAUGCCGUGUCCAGUAUGUAGGGAACAGAGUGAGUGUAAAUAACGCCAAUGUAUUAUACAGGACUCUGACCUACCGUCAUUGUAAUAAUACCCCGAACCACCUCAGGAUACUCACCCGAAGUGGGAGUCAGUCUUUGACAUUGUCACCUCCUAAAGUAUUGUUCACCCAAGCAUACUUGACGAGGGGGAUCCAUCAGAGUCAAAAAGUCUUCAAUAAUGGCUUUAGCAGUAAGCCCAUGAGUCAAGGUACAAAAUCGACGUUAUACUACAUUGCCGCUGUGGGUGUUUUAGCACUUGGUCUGAGUUACGCUGCAGUUCCACUCUACCGAAUAUUUUGUCAGGCAUACAGCUAUGGAGGGACCACCCAGCAAGGUCAUGAUGCUGAAAAGGUUGAAUCCAUGCAGAAAAGAGAGGAUCGUAUUCUUAGAAUUCGCUUUAAUGCAGACACAGCAGCUUCUAUGACAUGGAAUUUUAAACCACAGCAGAGCGAAAUAAAGGUUGCUCCAGGGGAAACAGCUUUAGCUUUCUACACUGCAAGAAAUCCUACAGAUCGUCCAGUUAUUGGUGUCUCCACUUACAAUGUUAUUCCAUUUGAUGCUGGUCUUUACUUUAAUAAAAUACAAUGCUUCUGCUUUGAAGAGCAGUUACUCAACCCCCAUGAAGAGGUACACAUGCCUGUGUUCUUCUACAUAGACCCAGAGUUUGCAGAUGACCCCAAAAUGGAGGGUGUAGACACAUUGACUUUAUCCUACACCUUCUUUGAAGCACGUGAAGGUGUACCACUACCAAUCCCCAAUUUUGCAAGAAAAUAGUUUUUUAUUCUUCUUCUUUCUUUCUUUCUUUUUGUAUUAUUAGCAAGACCUGGAAGUUUUGAACAAGGUCCCCCCCCCAAAAAAAAAAAAAAAAAAAAAAAAUCUAGGUAUUGCACAAAGAUUAUGCUUUUAUUUUAAUAAAUAAAGAUCUAAUAGUAAAUGUGAGUUAGUUUGGUUGUUGUCUACAAGGAAAUUAAUUGUUGGGAAAGGUAAUUCAUGAUAGGUUAUUCCUUGACGAACAUGUAAGAAAGAAUAAAAUAUUGUGAAUUUGUUUUACACAUUUGGAAAGUUAUCUGUUACAAUCAAUAGUUUAGCAAUAUUAUCGUAAUCAGUAUCACAAUUACAUAUUCAGAAAUUUGCUUAUAUUACAUCUUAAUAAUCCUUGGUUCAAGCACCAAAUCAGGCACUUUAUAUUACAGAAACCCUUAUUUUUGCAUUGAUAUAAAUCAAAAUCUUGUUAUGCAUUGCUUAAUAUGACUCAUUAAAAAUGUAUUAGGGGAUGAAUUGAUCUGACGCAAUCAGAAUACUAUAGAAAUAGAAGAAUCAGAUACAGAGAAUUUCAUCUAAAUACUCAAGCUUUCUGUUGAGGAUAAUAUAACUACCAAAAUAACAGGGUAAUUUUUUUUAUGAAUAUGUUGGAAACAAAUGGAUAAAUUGUGUCAUGUAUGAUACAUGCUGUAUUCCCUUGUUCCUUUACAAGCAUACUGAAUAUGACUAUUUAAAUCCAUACCAGGUAAUAGGGUACUGAAUUUGAUUGUUAUAUAAGCUAGUAUAUUACCUGAAGUUUGUACUAGAAUAUUCUUUCAACAACUGCAAGUUUUACAAGGGGAAAGUUACAGAAAACAAUUAACAAAAAAAAUAUUUGUGUAUAUAUGUAUAUUGUGUAUCAUAAAUUAUUAAAUACACCAAAUAUGA